AUGACAGUUGAAUCAGGCUGUACCUUGAUCUCUACCGUAAUGUCUCCAACUUCAACGUCCAACCUCCCCUCCCCCUCCUCCAAGACACAAAAUCUCCAGCGUUCCCUCUCUACAGCUACCCUACAUCCUACCUCGCCCCAAACGAAGAUGCCUAUACGACUCUUCCCCGCUAACCGCGUGCUCUCGUCAACGCACCGUGGCCUCAGCACACUCCUCACAGAGCUCCGUGCCGUGGACUCAGACCAGACAAAAUCACGCAAUUCACUCACCCACAUCCGCCUACGCUUCGACCUACUCGUCGACGCAUUUGAGGACGAGAAGCUACGUCUGAGCAAGAAGGCAUUCACGAGGAUCCUCUACAGAAGGGAUAUACAGAAUGUCGAGAAGCACAUUGUCGUUGUCAGACGGGAUAUGGAUAAGACGAACAGGGACAUCGAGUGUGGAGCAGGAGGUGUUUGGUUUGGUGUUGGGGACUACGGUGAGGUCACGGUAUACGCUGGUGAGCGCGAAUUAGGGCUUUUAGUCGAACUCCGCACCCCAUAUAUAUCAAUACUCUUUGGCAUCAAAGCUCUCCAGGACAUCCAUACAUUUUUUAGACGUGAUAUCGGGCAGUCAUAG